AUGAGUUUACCAAAUUUAUCAAAUACAAUGUAUCUUCGUACAUUGACUAUUAAUAUGAACACAUCAUAUUUUUUAAAACGUUUAUUAUCGCGUAUACCGUUUAUUGAAAAUCUUUCUCUUGGUGUAAAUGGCGAAGAGAUGAUGAAAGUUGCUGUUGUAAUAAGUUAUUCAGAACCUUUCGAGAUUAAACAACUGCCAAUUCCUCAAUUAGGACCUAUGGAUGUUUUAGUCGACAAUAUUGCUUGUGGUAUUCAAAUAACCACAAUAGGUGGUGGUGUUCAAGCAGCAAUUGCCACUGUUCCUUUAAUUGAAGUCUAUGAUGAAACAUUUAAAUCAGUUAGACGUGAUGGUUAUGUCAUAGUUGUAGCAUUACCUAAUGCUAAAAUGUCCUGA